AUGACGACGCUGCUGCGCGGGUUUCUGCGCCCGCUCUGCGCUUUCCGAGGCAGUCCCGGCUCUGCUACAGGUGUUCCCCUCAGAGCCGUGAGCCAUGGCGCCGGCCUGCUCUACCCCGAACACAUCCCCACCUCUCCGCUGCAGAAGGUGCUGCUGGCCGCCGGCUCUGCCGGGAUGGCGCUCUAUGAUCCCUAUCGCCACGACAUGGUUGCAGUUCUGGGAGAGACCACAGGACACCGUACCCUGAAGGUCCUCAGGGACCAGAUGAAGAAGGAUCCAGAGGGUGCCCAGAUCCUGCAGGAGCGUCCCCGGAUCUCGCUGUCCACCCUUGACAUGGGCAAGCUCCGGGGUCUUCCUGAGGGCUCCUUUGGCUGCGCGUAUCUCCGUUUCCUGGAUGUGAAUAGGGUCUCCCCAGACACCCGCGCACCCACCCGCUUCGUGGACGACGAGGAGCUGGCAUACGUGAUCCAGCGGUACCGGGAGAUCCACGACAUGCUCCACACCCUGCUGGGCAUGCCCACCAACAUCCUGGGAGAGAUCGUGGUGAAAUGGUUUGAGGCUGUCCAGACCGGCCUGCCCAUGUGCGUCCUGAGUGCACUCUUCGGACCGAUCCAGCUCAGCGCCCAGAGCCUGCAAUUGCUGAUCUCGGAGCUGAUCCCAUGGGCAGUUGAGAAUGGCCGCAGAGCCCCAUGUGUCCUCAACGUGUACUACGAGCGGCGCUGGGAACAGCCCCUGCAGGCUCUGCGGCAGGAGCUGGGCAUCACGGAGCCACCCCUGCGUGUGGAGGGCCUGGUGUAG